GCACGCGUCUGUGGUGAUAUGGCUUCUAGCAACACGGCUGAGCAAUCCGGCAGCCUGGCUGCCGUCGAGAAUGUACAUGUACCCACACCCAUGCACCCCGAGCUUCUCAUGGCGGCAUCCCAUGGCUGCCACGAGCAAUUGACGAGCCUUCUCAAUAGGGAAGAUCAAGAUGCAGCGAUGGAGCAUCGUCCUCGUCCUAACAGCAUGGUCGUGGCAUCUCCAGCCGUCGUUGUCGAGAUCGACAAUGGCGCCACGGCGAGCUCCUCCGUGCGGGCAUCAUCAUUCCUGCACGGCGUCACCCCAGACGGGGACUCAGCGCUCCACGUCGUUGCAGCCGCUGGAAACGGCGACGGGCACCUGAAGAAUGCCAAGGUGAUCUACGACAAGGCCAGGCACCUGUUGGGCGCACCAAACAGAGGGGGAAACACGCCGCUGCACCGCGCCUCCAGGGCAGGCAAUGUCGCCAUGCUUUCCCUCCUCGUCGAUCUGGCUAGAGCGGAGGAGGAAGUAGGUGGCAGCGACAACGAGGGGAGGGUGGAGGCGAUCCUGAGGGUGCGGAACGGGAUCGGGGAGACGGUGUUGCACGAGGCGAUCCGCGCCGCCGACACGCGCGCGGUGGACGUACUGAUGACGGCGGACCCGUGCCUGGCUCGUGUCCCGGACAACGGCACUUCGCCGCUGUUCCUGGCAAUCUCGCUGUGCCGGUACGGCAUCGCGCGGGAGCUGUACGCGAGGGACAACCGGCUGUCCUACUCUGGACCGGAUGGACAAACUGCAUUGCAUGCGGCGGUUCUUCGUAGCAAAGAGAUGACAGAAUUACUUUUGGGAUGGAACAAGCAGCUUGCUAAACAACAAGAUGAACAUGGAAACACGCCUCUACACUUUGCAUUGUCAUUGGAAAGUGAGACAUUUCGAAUGCUUCCCCUGUAUGCUGUGCCUGUGAAACAUGGAAAAAGUAUUGGAACUCUUUUAAAUAUAACAGAACCACCAUUGGAGCUUACCAAGCAAUUACUGGAAGCAGAUGCAUAUUCAGCAUAUCAACCAGACAAAAAUGGGUCGUUCCCCAUACAUAUUGCUGCGUCAGCAGGUAGAAUUUCAGCCGUCAUCAUAUUUCUAUCAAAGUAUUCUGGUUGUGCCGGUUUGCGCGACUCUCAUGGAAGAACUUUUCUUCAUGUUGCCAUCAAGAAUAAGAGAUAUGAUAUAGUCAGAUUUGCCUGCCAAACACCAGCGUUAUCGUCGAUCUUGAACAAGCAAGACAAUGAUGGAAACAGUGCCCUCCAUCUAGCUGUGGAGGUUGGGCAUUGGUGGAUCUUUGCUUGUUUAUUUGUGAACAAACAAGUAGACUUAAAUUUACCAAACAACAGUCAGCAUACCCCACGAGAACUUUCUAUCAGCAGUAUUCCCACGGGGCUAUACUGUUUGCUGAAUUCACGAAUUUUGAUACAGGAAACACUGAGAUCUGCCAAUGCUACACGUCAUAUUUGUCGUCGGGAUGAUGGUAUGGAAAAAGAACAUAAUCCUCUGUCAGAAGCAAAAAGUGAGGAGAAAGGAUCUCAAAUAGUAUCAGAUUCAACGCAAUUUCUUAGUGUUGGCUUAGUGCUAAUUACAACGAUGGCAUUUGGUGCUACUUUUGCCUUACCUGGGGGUUACAGAGCUGAUGACCACAGUUACGGAGGAACACCAACUCUGGCUCAAUCGAAACAAUUUCAAGGAUUCCUGAUGGCAAACACAUUAGCAUUUUUCUGCUCAUCCUUAGCCGUCCUAAGUCUUGUGUUUGCCGGAACACCUACAGUUGAGUUGCCGAUGCGCUACAUGCACUAUAACAUAUCCAUCUGGUUAUCUUUGAAUGCGGUAGGAUCCUUGGCCAUAGCCUUUGCAAUUGCUGUAUAUAUCAUGAUUACUCCAGUUGCUGCUAAAACUGCUCUUGCAGUCAUUGUGGUGAUUGUUUCAAUAGGAGCCCUCCAUGCUCCGUCAAUCAUUGAAAAAUUUUGUUUACUUUUGAUAGUGUUAUGUGUUAGAGUAGGAAUACUGCCAGUAUUAAGAUCUAGCAUCUCUAAGGUAGUGUUACUCAUGUGUUGGCCACUCAUAGUAAUCUUUGGCUGGCAAGAGUUUGCAUCACGGUACUAGUUAAUUAAACAAAAGGCAUCAGGGUGAUUUGGACACAUUUCUUAUGAAUUUGAAAGUUUUUUCGUCUUGUUUGAAAUGGACACGUUUCUUAUGAACAAUACGCAUUAUGUUCUUGUUUGAAUCAUUGGUGAUCAGCAGAAG